AUGGAGGCACUCGAUAUCAACUACGAGCGAUUUCGCGAAUGUUUUUGCAUUCUAGAGGUACUGACGGACGGGAAAUCUAUUGAAGGCAUAGACUUUGAGAAUGAUAUGGCAUGCUUCGAACGUGAUUAUUUUAUGCUCAAAGGAUAUUUUAGUUCUGUCGUUGCAAAAAUCGCGACUGAGUCCUCUGAUCAGCUACCACAGCGGUUAACUAGAACAUUUAAACUUCCGGAUAUCCAGCUCCCCGAACUCAGCGGAAAUAUUGUUAAAUGGUUUUCAUUCUACGAUACCUUUAACUCACUUGUGAACAUCAAUCAAGAUCUUUCCGAUGUGCAGAAAUUUUUUUAUCUUAAAUCAACAUUGCGAGGCGAAGCAUUACAGUUGAUCGAUAAAAUCCCAGUGACAGGGGAUAAUUACUCAGUUGCUUUAAAAUUAAUAACAAAUCGUUACCAGAAUACUAACAUUCUUACUCGAAAUCAUAUAGAAGCUUUGUUCAAAAUAGAAAGAGUUAAGAAGGAAUGUCCUAAAGCACUAACUAAUCUAAUUGGCGAGUUCGAAAAUAACUUGGGUAUUUUGGAAAAGCUCGGAGAAGAGGUCAACGGAUGGAGUUCACUGCUAGUGUAUAUGGUAACAUCUCGGCUGGAUCAGUCAACGCUUCGAGAGUGGCAGAGGGCUGCUGAAAAGGGUAGAAUGCCUACCUACAAUGAACUGAUCAAGUUUAUUCGUGAAUAUGUGACUGAACUCGAAACACUCUACUCGGAGAGAUGUAUCUACUCUCCAUCCGGGAGCAAAGUAUUUCUACAGCAAUCUACUCCUGCCACAGCAUGUAAUCUCAAGGAUAUGUGCCCUGUUUGUGAAAAGGGACAUCGUCUCUACUAUUGCGAUCAGUUUAAGCAUCUGUCUCUGCCUCGUCGAACUUCGAUAGUGGAGGAAUCAGGUUUGUGCGCUAACGGCCUAUGCGGAAGGCAUGACUCAGCUAGUUGCAAGUAUGGUGUAUGUCGUGAUUGCGGAGCCAAGCAUCAUACUCUGCUUCACGACAGUAAAUUAUAUUCUUCACCGUCAAUGCAUCGUUUAAGCUUUUCCUCACAAGAACCAGCUGCUUCAAACGUCGUCAUGCAACCUAAAACACACUCGGUGACGUCUCGAUUCGAGCAAUCUGUCCCAAGUCAAGUAUUUCUUGCUACUGCUAUUGUAAAGGUGUUGGGACCUAGAGGAAAUUCGUUUCUUGCGCGCGCUCUACUCGAUAAUGCUUCGCAGCCGAACCUUAUGACAGAAAGAUUUCGUCGGCUUAUCAAUGCUCGUAAGACAAUGGCUAACAUAGAAAUCGCUGGUAUUGGAGGUGACGUUGCCACAGUUGCAAGUCACUCUUCGGUUGCAACCGUAGCCUCCCGUUUUAAUAACUUUCGUGUGCCGCUAGAUUUUGUCAUCAUGGAAAAGGUAACCAACGAUUUACCAACAUGGAGUGUUGAUACCCGUGACUGGAACGUACCGGAGAACGUAAACCUCGCUGACCCAUCGUUCGCUUCGAAAGGUCCUAUCGACAUUGUUAUUGGAGCUCAGGUAUUUUUCGAACUUAUCCGCAGAGGUCAUCAGAAAAUCGGAAAGGACAAGCCACUUCUACAAAAUUCGGUGUUUGGUUGGUUGGUAUCUGGCUUACAAUACAACGAUACUACAGAACAAACUCAGUUACAUUGUCAUCUGGAAACUUAUCGGGAAUUGGAAAAACGUGUCAGAAAGUUUUGGGAAUUGGAGAACUGUCAGGUUAACUCAACUUGGUCCCUGGAGGAGAAGGAAUGUGAAAACAGUUUCACAGCCACCACUGGCCGGGAUUCGACUGGGCGCUACGUUGUUUCGCUACCCAAAAAACAAGAGCUUAUUGGUCAACUCGAAAAUUCGCUGUCAAUUGCCACUCGUCGGUUUUACUGCCUAGAGCGACGGUUAGAACGUGAUCCACAACUCCGUCGCCAAUAUUCUGACUUCAUGUCUGAAUAUAUUCGUCUUGGACAUAUGAAAUUGAUUGAUCCAGCGAUUAACUCUUCAAACCAUAACUACUAUUUGCCGCAUCAUGCUCUUUUCAAACCGGACAGCACUACCACUAAGCUUCGUGUGGUUUUCGACGGUUCAUGUAAAACCACUUCUGAUUAUAGCCUAAACGAUUUGCUCCUGAAGGGUCCAACAGUGCAAGAUGAAAUGAUUGUUACAAUACUUCGCUUUCGUUCUAAGGCGGUUGCCGUAACUGCUGACAUCACGAAAAUGUAUCGUCAGAUUUGGGUAACUGAAAGUGAUCAAUCAUUGCAAAGAAUUCUGUGGAGAAGUUCACCGUCGGAGCCGCUUUGUACGUACGAACUUACAACUGUGACGUAUGGUACAACAACUGCACCCUAUUUAGCAACUCGCUGUUUACAACAACUAGCAGAUGAUGAAGCUAAAAAUUUUCCAGCUGCUGUACAAGUUGUGAAAAAGGGAUUUUACGUCGACGACCUUAUGAUUGGAUUCGAUUCUCUAGAAGAAGCUUCUCUCGCAGUGGUUGAAACAUCGAAAAUGCUAGCGUCCGCAGGAUUUCCCCUUCGCAAAUGGUCAUCGAACUGUCCGCAGAUUCUUAAACAUUUUCCUACAGAUCAUGUAGAACAGUCUUCCGUAUUAGAGCUUGAUAAAUCCGCUCCGAUCAAAACUCUUGGCCUCUUAUGGAAACCAAAAAACGACAUCCUCCUUUUCAAGAUUCCUGAAUGGUGCGUGCAAUCAAAACCGACAAAACGAAGCAUACUAUCUCAGGCUUGCAGCUUGUUUGAUCCUUUAGGAUUAGUCGGUCCAGCAAUAAUUCUAGCUAAAAUAUUCAUUCAAACUCUUUGGUAA